AGUGCAGGACCAAUAUUUUUGAUGCACCGCGCCCUGGCCCCAUGCCUCGGCCAACUUUUAACAUCAAACUUCCAUCUAUCAAAGAGAUGAUGUCAAGUAAGAUCAACGAUCUCCCACAUCGUCAUCGAUCUAAAUUCACAGAUAUUCUUGCUGCAUAUGACUUGGAGGUUGACAAGUCAUGCGUAGCCAUAAAAGACAGCAUUGACAAAAUUAUUGAGAAGCAAUACGACAUAGCAGACAAGUUUAUAGAAUUGAUAGACGAGGUACUACGUGUCGAGUCUGAAAAUUUGGAAAACGAGACUGAUGAGCCACAGCAACCGGGGAAUUCGGCUGAUUCAGCAGGACACACUGUUGAUGCCACCCAGCCCACACCCGAUAUGCCAUCCCAAGCUUCGCAGCUUGAGACCCAACUGGGUGGUACUCAGUUUGAAGAAAUUCACGAAAGACAACAGCAUAUCCAUAGAGUCCUUGAGACCUUUCCCGACGAAUUGGAUGUGGUUUCAGAUCAACAGAGAGGUGCAAUGGCAACAGAGGAAAUGGAACACAAUGACAGUGGGCCAGUUUUUGACCAGACCCCAACUCCUCAUGAUGAUACACUCAAAGGUACUACAAACUCUGGAUCUGAUCCACCCCUUAUAGAGCAAGAGUGUAUUCGUUCUCUGUGGGAUUUAAUUUGUUCCAAGGACAUUGACCAAAGCAGGGUUGUUAUUGAUUACGGUGAAUACAGUGCAAACUGUAUGGAUAUUUAUGAAUCUUUCGCGGAGGGCAAAUGUCUUGAGAAUGUCUUCAUGCAGUGUUUCAUUGAGUGUGUUCGUGAUGAUUCUAAAAAUCAUCGUCGAACUCUGACAUCUAACAGAUUAAUACUUGAUGUCAACGUUGGGGCUCUGUUAAAUUUUGAAGAACAGGAACGUCACAGCAAGAAUCCUCAGCCGUUUGAUCAAAAUGUCCUACAGAAUUGCUUGCACAACACAUUGCCUGCUUUGGUGAAUCUGGAUAAAUGCAAGUCGAUAAUGGUACCUAUGCUUAGCAGGGGUCAUUGGACACUGUAUGUGAUCAAUCUACACCACCGGGUUAUACACAUUUUAGAUUCGAAUCCCUAUGGUAUACAACUUGGUGGCACCGAAUGGAAGGACUAUCAUUAUGAUCCAAUUUAUUUAGGUGGCAGGAAAUUCCCAUGGGCUAGGGUGAUAAUGAGUAGGCUGAGCAAAGCGUUACAACACGUUUGCCCCAACGCAGAAUUUCCUAAGUUUGGUAAUUUUCCAUUGGAUAUGCCAUCUAACUGCCCAACAAUGAGGACAGGGUCAAAUGACUGUGGAUUUUUUGUGAUGAGUUACAUGAAGUCUUAUGAUCACAAUGCAGGUGUCAUAUCUUCUUUCAAUCAACCAGACAAUUCCCGAGACCUUCGUGCUCAUGCCCUUCAUCAACUCACAUUCCAUCGCAUCAACAAGGCGUUGCCACUUCCAUUAGAUAUCCAGAGAUUUAUGUUUGCGCGCAAUUAGUGAACUAUGUCAGAACUAAGCAAUGGUGUGGGCAAUGUACCGUUCUGUGGUAUUUUGGCCAUUAUUGUCAGUUAACAAAUGUAGGAAGCUUCCUUAUAUGUGCUGUUUUCAGAACAAUUGUCAUGCUACUUUGUCUUAGGGGUGUUACCCAGGUUCUUUCUGUGAACUUUAGUUGGCUGGAUACUUAUGGUUAUGUUGCGAAUA